CGCCGGAAGCGGCGGCGCGGGGCGGGCUCCGGCGGCAGUGACGCUGAGGGCGCCAUGUCGGCCAUGUCUGCGGGCGGCGGAGCGCAGCGGGACGCGGGGGCCGCGGGCGGGCGCCGCAGCAAGUGGGACCAGCCCGGCCCGGCUCCCACCUUCCUGCUGCCCGGCACGGCGCCGCUGCCCGGGCGGCCGUUCGCCGGCGGGGGCGGCGAUGGCGGCGCCGCCGUGGCCGGUUCCGAGGGCUCCGCGGCGCCCUCGGGAGCGCUGGAUGCGGCCGCGGCCGUGGCGGCGAAGAUCAACGCCAUGCUGAUGGCCAAGGGGAAGCUGAAGCCGGCGCCCAGCACGGCCGACAAGCUGCAGGCUCUGGGGAAAGGCCCAGCCGCCAGCAAGAGCAAGGAUGACCUGGUGGUGGCCGAGGUGGAGAUCAACGACGUGCCCCUCACCUGCAGGAACCUGCUGACCCGGGGCCAGACCCAGGACGAGAUCAGUCGCCUGAGCGGAGCCGCCGUGUCCACCCGGGGCAGGUUCAUGACUGCAGAGGAGAAAGCAAAAGUGGGACCUGGGGAUCGUCCCUUGUAUCUCCACGUGCAGGGGCAGACGCGGGAGCUGGUGGACAGAGCCGUGAACAGGAUCAAGGAGAUCAUCACCAACGGGGUGGUGAAAGCAGCCACGGGCUCCAGCCCCACCUUCAACGGGGCCACGGUCACCGUGUACCACCAGCCAGCCCCCAUCACCCCCCUGAGCCCGGCCGUGGGGCAGAAACCCCCCUUCCAGUCCGGGAUGCACUAUGUGCAGGACAAGCUGUUUGUGGGGCUGGAACACGCCGUGCCCACCUUCAACGUGAAGGAGAAGGUGGAGGGGCCGGGCUGCUCGUACCUGCAGCACAUCCAGGUGGAGACGGGGGCCAAGGUGUUCCUGCGAGGGAAGGGCUCGGGGUGCAUCGAGCCAGCCUCGGGCAGAGAGGCCUUUGAGCCCAUGUACAUCUACAUCAGCCACCCAAAGCCAGAGGGUUUGGCAGCUGCUAAAAAGCUGUGUGAGAACCUCUUGCAAACGGUUCACGCCGAGUACUCCCGCUUUGUGAACCAGAUAACCACUGCAGUCCCCCUGGCAGGCUUCACCCAGCCCGCCACCAUCAGCAGCGUCCCGUCCCAGCCGUCCUACUACCCCUCCAACGGGUACCAGUCGGGGUACCCCGUGGUGCCCCCUCCCCAGCAGCCCGUCCAGCCGCCCUACGGGGUGCCAGGCCUGGUGCCCCCCGCCGUGCCCCUGGCCCCCGGCGUGCUGCCGGCGCUGCCCGCGGCCGUGCCGCCCGUGCCCACGCAGUACCCCAUCCCCCAGGUCCAGCCUGCCGCCAGCACUGCACAGAGCCCGCUGAGUGCUCCUUUCCUCCCUGCUGCCCCAGUAAAAACCAGCCUGCCAACUGGUGCUCAGCCCCAGGUGCAAACCCACCCCCAGGGCCAAAAGAGACGCUUCACCGAGGAGCUGCCCGACGAGAGGGAGUCGGGACUGCUGGGAUACCAGCAUGGACCCAUUCAUAUGACUAAUUUAGGUACAGGCUUCUCCAGUGCGAGCGACCUCCAGGGAGCCGGGGCCAAGGCAGCAAGUUCCUCAGGAAAGGAGAGAGAGAGGGACAGGCAGUUGAUGCCUCCGCCGGCGUUUCCCGUCCCGGGGGCUGAAAUCGGAGCCUGAGGGAGAGAAAAGGGAGCGGGGGCAGCGCCCGGCAGCCACGGUGAGUGUCCCCCCCUUCC